GGUGACAGCGCGAGACAACAGCUUAGUGGCACUCCUAUCUGGUUACGUCUGUGCCAGCAGUCAGUGGAGUGAGGGGACGAGGUUCUGGCGAGGGGGGGGGGGGGAGAGCGCCGCGCCCUCCCGCCGCCGCAGCGCCCUCUGUGCGCGAGUGAAGUGAAGGGGCAAGCCAGGGUCGUGUGGCCGCCUGAUGGGGUGGCGUCACUGAGGGCCGCGGUGCCACAGUGCCAGCGAGAGCCACGCUGUUUACAGAGCCUCCUUUCGCCUCCAGGUGCCGCCAUGGGACCUCUCUACGUCACGUUCGUGUGCGUGGCACUGGCGUCCCUCGUCGCCGGGGUGCCCGUGGGGAUCCCGCUCCCUCGCUCCUCCAGCGCCGACCCCUACGCCCACCACCCACACAACGAAAUCGCCCCUGACAAUGCCGCCCCCACGCCCGCGCCCUCGACGACGCCCGCGCCAAGGGUCGGCUCUACUCUGCACGCCGUGAAGUUCAUGCAGAAGUUCGGGUACAUUCCCCAAGGCGACGAGGAGGCCGACUUCCUCUUCUCGCCUCAGGCUCUCGAGGAGUCGAUCAAACGCAUGCAGAAGUUCGGGAGCAUCCCGCAGACCGGAGUGAUCGACAACGCUACGAUCGAGCUGAUGCAGACUCCCCGCUGUGGCGUUCCUGACGUCGACGCAGAAGAUAUUGUAAAGCUGCGACGCCCCAAACGUUAUAUUGUCGGCUCCGAAGGUUGGAAGAAGAGAGAACUCACCUAUUUCCUCGCCAACUGGACUCCGCAACUCUACUCCAAGGAGAACGUGCAGAAGGAACUCCGUCGCGCCUUCGAUGCCUGGAGCACCUACUCCCACCUCGACUUCAAGGAGGUCGAGGCUCCCGAUGCAGAUAUCGUCAUUUUCUUCGCGACGUAUAACCACCAUGACGGGUACUCCUUCGACGGCCCGAGCGGUAUCCUCGCCCACGCUUACUUCCCUUACGAGUUCGGUCACUACGGGGGCGACGUCCACUUCGACGAGAGCGAGAAGUGGACCAUCAAGCCGAAGGACGAGUAUGACGGCUUGGACUUCUUCACCGUCGCUGUACACGAAAUUGGCCACUCGCUCGGACUCGCCCAUUCACCCGUUGCGGACUCCAUAAUGUUCCCUUACUACAAGGGCUACACACCGCACUUCUCUCUUGCUUAUGAUGACGUCAUGGCUAUGUGGGAACUCUAUAUUAAGAGGAAGUUGGACGGGGACGACGAGUACUUCAACAGGACGACCACCACAACGACCACCACCCCCUCCCCCCCUACGACGGACGAAGACCAGCAAUCAGACGAAGCAAGUGAUGGUGAUGACGGCGAGGGAGAUGACGUGCACAGGCGGGACGGGGACCGGAAGAAGGCCGACGAGGAGGACUUUUACGAGCAAGACCGCAAGAGACGCGAAGAGGAGGAGAGACGCAGGGAUGAGGAGAGGAAGAGGCGCAGGGAGGAUGAAGAGGAGAGGAGGCGCUGGGAGGAGGAAGUCAGGAGGAAGGAGGAUGAGGCGAGGAGGAGGGAGGAGGAGGAGCGAUGGAGGUGGGAGAACGGGGUGGACGAGGCCCUCCCGACGACGGAGAAGCCCCCGCCGCCCGUCCCCAGCCUGUGCGACGGGGACUUCGACUCCAUGGCGGUCCUCAGGCAGGAACUCUUCAUCUUCAAGGACACAUAUAUAUGGCGAUACGACGAGCGAGGACGUCUACGCGACAGCUACCCGUCUCUGGUCCACAACCUAUUCUCUGGCCUUCCGAAAUACCUGAAGAAGGUGGACGCAGCGUACGAGAGACCCUCCGAUGGCAACAUUCUCUUCUUUAUCGGAAAGUACUACUACGUCCACAACGGAGACAGGCUGGUGGAGGGGUCGCCGCUCCCCCUCACGACCUUGGGCCUGCCGGAGCGACUCACCAAGAUCGACGCCGCUUUCUAUUGGCCGCGGGCGAAGAGGACCUACUUCUUCAACCGCCACGAAUACUACCGAUACAACGAGAAGACGCAGGCCAUGGACCAAGGCUACCCGAAGAACAUGGCCAAGUGGAAUGGCCUUCCUGAUAACCUGGACGCCGUGUUCACCUGGAAAGACGGAGUGUCGUACUUCGUGAAGGGCAAAGACUACUGGAAAUAUGACAACGUGAAAAUUCGGCCGUUCAGUGACUACCCCAAGAACGCCGUGGAGUAUUGGGCGGAUUGCCCAAGCUCUUCCUGGGGACCGUAGCGAGGCCACGCCCAGUUCCUCUAGCUGCGAACGGCUCGCCACGCCACCCCCCUGGCCGGGGACAUCGCAAGGCUAUUGAGAAAGGCGAAAUGUCUUGGCUAUGAUAGAUAUUGAGUCUCUCUCU